AUGUCUAACUGCUUUAAAACCUCCAAAAUAGAGCAGGAUGAAUUAAGAGAUAAUAAAGGAGAUCUUAGUAAAUUAAGUUUUGAUAAUUGUGAUUGGAAAUUUAAUGGAGAUUUGUUAAAUGCUUUUGAGGGAAAAAAAAGUGAAGAAAAGGAAAAAAAUGAAGCAUUUGUGCAUGAUGAAGAGCCUGUGUGUAAAAAUGAAUUAAAUCUAGGAAGUCUUGGAUUAAAAAACCAAGAAAUAACUGAAAACGAGAAUUUAGAAGAUUUAAAAAGCGAUAUAUAUGAAGAAUCAGAAAAUACAGAUACAAUAGAAGAUUGGGCACAAUUGAGUAAAGGUAGAUAUUUUGGGUUAGCACAAGAUGAAAUUAUUUGUCAUAAAUGUGCAGAGCCGGGACAUAUUGCACGUGAUUGUUUCCAAGAAAUGUGUACGAAUUGUGGAACAGUAAAUGAUCAUUUAGCAUCUCGGUGUCCGAUGUUGCAAAAAUGUCAUAAUUGUAAUGAGUUAGGACAUAUUCUUAUUGAUUGUAAAAAACCUCGAAAAAUAAAUAUAUGUAGUACAUGCUCUUCAAAAUAUCAUCCGGAUGAUAUGUGUCCUAAAAUUUGGAGAUGUUAUACAUUUAAUCCAGACGCACCAAAAGAAUUUACACCUAAGCGAUAUUGUUAUAAUUGUGCGGAAUAUGGACAUUAUGGUGAUGAUUGUCGUCUUCCUCAAUAUUCUAGGUAUUUAGAAUCAUCUGCUUUUUGUAUUGAUAAUGAGCCAAUUCCUGCCUCUGAAUACGAAUAUAUAAAGCAUCGGGAAAUAAUAAAAAAGAAGAAACUCUUGAAAACAUAUAGGGAAUAUGAGAAGGAAGAUUGGUUUGCACGAAAAAUGAAAAAAAAGUGCUUAGAUCAUAAAUCGCCAAAACUGGAUACUUUUCGAAGCAAUAAAUCAUAUAACAAGAUAAAUUAUUUAAAUGGUGUACAUAAUAGGCGUGAUGAGCUUUUAUAUAAUAACUCAGAUAAACAACAAAACAACAAAUAUGAUAAAAAACGGCUAAAAAGAAAUUUAAAUAAAGGAAAAUCUAUUUUUAUUGAUUUAAUUCCGCAUUAA